AUGUCUGAGAGAUUUGAAGUUAGGCACACAAACACAUCUAAUCCCUGUCCCUGGGAUCAAAUGGUCAAAAGAGAGCAGUGUAGUUUAAGUUCCACACACCAAUGGAUAAUGAAAAAAGCACGUGGCUUAUACUGCAAAUUACCAAUUCUCUUUUCUUUACGAAUCUUGGGGUGGUUUCUUGCUAUUUUCUGUCUUUUUGUUUUCAUCAUCUUGUUGUUCCUAACAGAGGGCCCUUUCUCUCGUUCUGUGGAGGAUGAGAGCGUCGUUUCACCAAUGGAGCACGGAAGAAUCACAGUAGGAUCAUAUUGCUUUACACGGCAUGGUGCUUUGCGCUCGGGAGCAGAGGUGCAUACACCACCUUGUUUUCCCUUGGAUGUGAACUACAGCAACUACAGCGGAUUACCUCCAAACUAUCAUUUCUUUUCGCUCUUGGAUGGUGUUAUUACUGUGGAGCAACGUCGUGUUGGUAUCUACGCGACCUUCGACACAUCCAGGAUUCCGCCUGCACCAAUCGAAGUAAAGCGUCAUCACUCACAUUACGCUAAGCUUCUACAUUCUCCAUCGAAUAGAAGGGCACAACUGCGGGUUGUGGUGCAGCUUUCCGGUCAUCUGCGCACUUUUCAAAAGUGUGCACCGUCGUUGAAAGGAAAUAUUCUAACCAUGAACGAAGCAGAGUUGUUUAUCGCGACGUAUCCCAACUUGGGCCAUAGACGCCGAGGGUUGACUGGUAUUCCGGAGGAAGACCCACCACUUAGCAGCGCAGAAAUGCAGGAUGUGAUCUACCACUACCGACCUCACCUUGCCGGAAUGUUUCUUCUGGAUUCAAUUUCUAUGCGGGAAUACAUGAAGGUUCUGUUUUCCCGCAAGGUACUUGAAAGUACAAUCUGGGCUUGGAACAUCCUUCAGUUUUUUACAACUGAGUUGGCACACGAUAUGAGUAUAGCGGAGAGUAUGAGAGAAGAGAUUUCGCCAGCUGAGCUCGGGGACAACCUAUUUUUUCGCUUUACAUGCGACCGCGUACUUUACACAAGAAGUGGUUACAGACGAGUUACCCACGCACCAUUUGAUAUUGUCAUUCGCUUGCGUCCCGAUCUUUAUAUUAUGGGCCCUCUAUGGGUGGAGCCACUUCUCACGGUGGAGCAGCAGCAACAAGCUUUG